AUGCACAGAGAAGGCGGUAGAUCAUACAAAGCUAUCCAACCUCCUAUUGGUGUUGUUUAUAAUUUCUUGCAGAAGAAAGCACGUGUGAGGGUAUGGCUGUAUGAACAGUGUAACUUACGAAUUGAAGGAGUGAUAAUUGGUUUCGACGAGUACAUGAACCUGGUGCUGGCUGACGCUUGUGAAAGGCACAUGAAGUCAGGAGCUAAAAAACCUUUGGGAAGGAUCCUCUUAAAAGGAGAGACAAUAACGCUCGUCCAGGUUGCGAAUUAA